CCACCGCCUCGGUGUUCGGGGAACCGGUCUCCCUGUGGGGAGGAGAGGCAGGCUGGCAGUCCUGGAGGGACUGGGUCCCACAAAGAGGGGCCAGAGGAGCUGAGAGAGGGGGCCGGGACGUUGGGAAGGGGUCGUUCAGAGGCCUCCCGGGGAUGGGGGUUGCAGCUCGACUGAGCGCCCCUCGAGCGCUGGUACUCUGGGCCGCACUGGGGGCAGCAGCUCACAUCGGACCUGCACCUGAUCCGGAAGACUGGUGGAGCUACAAGGAUAAUCUCCAGGGAAACUUCGUGCCAGGGCCUCCCUUCUGGGGCCUGGUGAAUGCCGCCUGGAGUCUGUGUGCUGUGGGGAAGCGUCAAAGCCCCGUGGACGUGGAGCUGAAGAGGGUCCUUUAUGACCCCUUUCUGCCCCCACUGAGGCUCAGCACUGGGGGAGAGAAGCUCCGGGGAACCCUCUACAACACCGGCCGCCAUGUCUCCUUCCUGCCUGCACCCCGGCCCGUGGUCAACGUGUCUGGGGGGCCCCUCCUCUAUAGCCAUCGACUCAGUGAACUGCGAUUGCUGUUUGGAGCGCGCGAUGGAGCCGGCUCUGAACACCAGAUCAACCACCAGGGGUUCUCUGCGGAGGUGCAGCUCAUCCACUUCAACCAAGAACUCUAUGGGAACCUGAGCGCCGCCUCCCGGGGCCCCAAUGGCCUGGCCAUUCUCAGCCUCUUUGUCAAUGUGGCCGGCAGCUCAAACCCCUUCCUCAGCCGCCUCCUUAACCGUGACACCAUCACCCGCAUCUCCUACAAGAAUGAUGCCUACUUUCUUCAAGACCUGAGCCUGGAGCUCCUGUUCCCGGAAUCCUUUGGCUUCAUCACCUAUCAGGGCUCUCUCAGCACCCCGCCGUGCUCAGAGACUGUCACCUGGAUCCUCAUCGACCGGGCCCUCAAUAUUACCUCCCUCCAGAUGCACUCCCUGAGACUCCUGAGCCAGAAUCCUCCGUCCCAGAUCUUCCAGAGCCUCAGCGGUAACGGCCGGCCCCUGCAGCCCUUGGCCCACAGGGCCUUGAGGGGCAACAGGGACCCCCGGCACCCCGAGAGGCGCUGCCGAGGCCCCAACUACCGCCUGCAUGUGGAUGGUGCCCCCCAUGGUCGCUGAGACUCCCCAUCGAGGAUUGCGCCUGUCCUUUCCAAGUCUCCCCACUCGGGGAGGGGAGUCACCCCCAAAACAAAGCUAUUAAAGGGACAGAAUACUUCCUGUU